AUGAAAUUUAAAACAAUUUAGAAUAAUAUAUUUAGUCAGUUUAUACUAAAUAUAUCCUGUUUGUGUCUUUCUCUGAUAAGAUAAUUUUAUAAAUUGAAUUCCAAAGGAUAGCAAGUUAAACCCUACUAAUAGGAUAGCUAUAAAAGGACUCGUUAGCCAAUAAAAAUUAUGAUGAUCUUGUGUCUUGGGAAGAUAAACAGCCAUAUAGGUAUUCUGUAAAUAAAACAAAAGCUAAUUUUUUGGCAGCUAAUGACAAUGUUUUAGAUGAUUAUUGUAAUACCAAAAGUUUGUGUGGAUUUGAUUAAAGUUGCUUUUAAAAUUUUGAUAAUUAUUUAUUAUAAAUUGAUAGUUAUAGAAUGUAUGCUUAAUAUGAAAAAUCUUAAUUUUCAACAUGGAGUAAUCCAAAUUAAAAUAUUUGGGAUAAGCUGCCUAUUUAAACUAUGCAAAAAAUAAUUAAAAUGGACUUACAAAGAGUAUUUUCUAUUUCUUUUAUGUCAAACUAAUAGCAGAGUAUCAUUUAAACUACAAGCAUAUAUAUAGUUCAUAAUGAUGAUGGAAUGCUUUAAGAUAGCUAUAUGGGGAGAAAGUUACUUGCUUAACCUUUAUUAAACAAUACAUUUUAUGGUGGACCUUUUACUUGUAAUAAGAUUAAUAACUAAUAUGCAAAGUAUGCAUUUACUUCACCAGAUUAAUUUGAUGGAUUCCAAUACAAGGAUUACUAAUUAAAAACUUGCGGAAAUCAGACUAAUCCAUGUUCAUGUCCUUAUUAUAACACUAAGCGUCUUUUCCCGAUAGACUGGAGAUGUAGAUAAUGGUACAUUGAUUCUAAUAAAACUGCUUCAGCGUAUUUUCAACAGCCUGGGGUCGAUAUAACAUUAGGUGAGCUUGACUCUACUUAUGUAUAUAAAAUAGUUUUACCCAAUUCAAACAGAAUCUUAAAUUCAAUAUUAGAUGAUUUAAAAUAUUAAUAAGAUGCUGUUGUUGCUAUUGAUAUCUCUCUCGGUAGUUUGCAAAACAAAUUUAUGA